UUCUCAGUUUCCACGUACUCACACAGCUUGCUAUUUUGGCUUUGAACAUAAUCCAUGGAGAACCCCACUGAGUCCAGUGCUUGCUCUCAGAAGUUCCCUGAGGUUGAAAAUGACAAUGAUUUUAGAGUUCAUGUGUUCUCUUCAUCAUCCGAGUUGCUUGAAAAGCUUCAUCAGAAAUGGAGUUCAGUGGAGAAGCAACCAUACCCGGCUAUGUAUUCUAGUAUAUUUGGAGGUAUCAUACCUGAUCCAGCGAUGAUGGUAAUCCCUAUAGAUGAUCACAUGGUACAUAGGGGGCAUGGUGUGUUUGAUACCGGUAUUGUUCUAGAUGGAUACCUCUAUGAGUUGGAUGUUCACCUUGAUCGCUUCCUAAGGUCAGCCUCCAAAGCAAAGAUAUCCCCUCCAUUUUCUCGGUCGACUCUUCGCAGCAUUCUAAUACAACUAACUGCAGUGUCAAAAUGCAAGAAAGGAACUCUAAGAUACUGGCUGAGUGCAGGUCCUGGGAAUUUCUUGCUGUCAUCAGCAGGAUGUCCAACAUCUGCAUUCUAUGCAGUAGUCAUUGAAGAUGAUUUUAACCAAUGCAAAGAGGGAGUUAAAGUGAUUACUUCCAAAAUACCAAUGAAGCCACCUCUAUUUGCCACAGUGAAAAAUGUGAAUUAUCUACCAAAUGUCCUUUCAAUAAUGGAAGCUGAAGAGAGAGGAGCAUCUUCGUCUAUAUGGGUUGAUGAGGCAGGUUAUGUUGCUGAAGGUCCAAAUGUGAAUGUUGCUUUUAUAACUCAAGAAAAGGAACUUGUCAUGCCUUGUUUUGAUUAUAUCCUAUAUGGUUGCACUGCAAAGAGGCUUCUUCAGUUGGCACCCAAGUUGGUUGAUCAAGGCCUUCUGAAAGGUGUAGCAACUAAAAAUCUGACUGUGGAGGAAGCUAAAGCUUCCGCUGAAAUGAUGUUUGUAGGAAGCACACUUCCUUUGUUACCUAUCGUCAUGUGGGAUGAUCAACCCAUUGGUAAUGGAAGGGUUGGAGAAUUAACAAUGUUGCUUUCGAAUUUGCUAUGGGAUGAUAUGGUAGCUGGCCCUGACACACAGAGAAUACCCGUCCCCUAUGUUUAGUGAACCUACAAAGUUAUCAUAAUAAAGGAUGGGAACACUAAACAGCUUUCUUCUCAUUCUUAUCUGUUGUGUUGCUAGGAGUUCUUCUCUUUGUAUUUGCUUUAUGCAUUUCCAAGUGUGAACAAAUAAUGAAGUUGCUGGUGUUUCCUGCUACGUUAACAUUUACAAAGCAAAUAAAUAG